AUGCCACCCAAAUAUCCUCGGUUUUAUGCCUCGCCCUUAGACGACGGCGCGCCCACCCCUGUGCAAAUGUACGGCUUUGAACAGCGCGAACCCUCGAUCAUAGAGAAGCCCAAGCUCUUCCACCGCGUCUCGCACGCCCUCGGCGACAUCAAGGAAGACAUGUCCUUCAACCUCGCGGAUCCCGAGAGCGCCGCCGCCAAACUCCGCCGCCGCUCGACCCUGAUAUUCGACGGGCUCAAUCGGCCCUCCACUGCUAGCGCGCCUCCGCGCUCGUCCCGCGCCAUGUCCAUCAUCUCCAUCGACUCCUGGGCCGGGCCCCAGCGUGGCCUGAGCCGCCGCCUUUCUCGACGCCUGUCGAUCUUCGGCCGCUCCAAGGGCAACCAGCCUCAGACCCAAAGCAUCUCGACGCCCAAUCUGAUCAGCUCGUCGAACCAUAUGGAAGAGGAGCGCACGCAGCCCAAUUUCAUCUAA